AAUCUUUUUCAUUUAUUCUUUUACUUAUUAGCUUCUUUAGUUAAUUCAAGUGUUUCUACUAAUAGUAAAUAUAAAUAAUUAAUCAUGGCUUCUACUGCUAUUAAAUUAAAUUCUGGUCAUUUAAUGCCAUUAGUCGGUUUCGGUUGUUGGAAAGUUGAUAACGCCACUGCUGCUGAACAAAUUUACAAUGCCAUUAAAACUGGUUACAGAUUAUUUGAUGGUGCCGAAGAUUAUGGUAACGAAAAGGAAGUUGGUGAAGGUAUUAACAAGGCCAUUAAAGAUGGUUUAGUUAAGAGAGAAGAAUUAUUCAUUACUUCUAAAUUAUGGAAUAACUUCCAUGAUCCAAAGAAUGUUGAAACUGCUUUAAACAGAACUUUAAGUGACUUGAAAUUGGAUUACGUUGAUUUAUUCUUAAUCCACUUCCCAAUUGCUUUUAAAUUUGUUCCAUUAAAUGAAAAAUACCCACCAGGAUUUUACUGUGGUGAUGGUGACAAAUUCCACUAUGAAGAUGUUCCAUUAUUAGAAACCUGGAAGGCUUUAGAAAAAUUAGUUAAGGCUGGUAAGAUUAAAUCUAUUGGUAUUUCUAACUUCACCGGUGCUCUCAUCUACGAUUUAUUAAGAGGAGCUGAAAUCCCACCAGCUGUUUUACAAAUUGAACAUCACCCAUACUUACAACAACCAAGAUUAGUUGAAUGGGUUCAAAGUAAAGGUAUUGCUAUUACUGCUUACUCUUCAUUUGGACCUCAAUCUUUCUUGGAAUUAAACCACUCCAAGGCUUUAAACACUCCAACUUUGUUUGAACACAACACCAUUAUUUCUAUUGCUGAAAGAGUUAAGAAGACCCCAGCUCAAGUCUUAUUAAGAUGGGCUUCUCAAAGAAACAUUGCUAUCAUUCCAAAGUCUAACAACCCAGGUAGAUUAUUACAAAACUUGGAAGUUAACGAUUUCGACUUAACCAAAGAAGAUUUCGAAGAAAUUUCUAAAUUAGACAUUGGUUUAAGAUUCAAUGACCCAUGGGACUGGGACAAGAUUCCAAUUUUCGUCUAAUCUAUUUAUUCAUUUAUUGUAUGUUUGUAGUUCUGGGUUGAUCUUCAGAGUUCAAGCAGUUUAAUUUUAUUAUUAUUAUUAUUAUUAGAGAUAAACAAAAUUUAUGAAUACUAUCUUAGCGAAAUUCAGGUAAAUAUAUAUAAUUUAGGUUAGUCUAUUGUUUAGCUUAUUCGAUUAUAAUACAAGCAAUUAGUACGAUCAAA